AUGACAGCUCUGCACCAGCUCAACCCUGCCGAGGGGGCGGGGGGUGGGCGAUUCCCGCCGCCGGCCAAUCCCGCGCCGCUACGUCAGCUCAGCCGGGAUCCGCCCUUCGCCCGGGAUCGCCUCUGCAGCAGCUGCUUAUCUCCGAGCCGCAGACGCCCCUGCGCAGAAGAUCUCCCCCCUUGCGACGAAUUUCAACCCCUGUUUUUCAACCUCCUUGCCUUUUCUUCUCCCCUUCCCGACCGGAUCCCCAUCAGAUCCCCAGCAGAUCCCGAGCGGAAAGCCCGGAAAAGGUGA